CCCCUCCUUCUCCAUCCCCCAUCCCCCAGCCAGCGUCUGGGCCUCGUCCCCUUCUCUCUGUCUCCCUCUCCUCCCCCAUCUCGUCCCCCGACACUGACACCCCGUUACUCCGGCAGUCUCCUCAGUCCCAGCCUUUCUCUCCAACCCCCGCCAUCCGAGGAUUUGCCUCCAGGCCACCCCCCAACUUUGCUCAGGCCCCCCAGGGCUAUCGAGGACCAUGACUAAGACAGAUCCUGCCCCAAUGGCCCCUCCACCCCGAGGGGAGGAAGAAGAGGAGGAGGAAGAGGAUGAACCGGUCCCAGAACCCCCCAGCCCCACCCAGGAGCGCCGGCAGAAGCCUGUCGUGCACCCCUCGGCACCUGCCCCGCUCCCCAAGGACUACGCUUUCACCUUCUUUGACCCCAAUGACCCUGCGUGCCAGGAAAUUCUGUUUGACCCGAAGACCACCAUUCCAGAGCUGUUCGCCAUCGUUCGCCAGUGGGUGCCCCAAGUGCAGCACAAGAUAGACGUCAUUGGCAAUGAGAUUCUGCGGCGUGGCUGCCAUGUGAAUGACCGUGAUGGACUCACUGACAUGACACUGCUCCAUUAUGCCUGCAAAGCUGGGGCCCAUGGAGUCGGAGACCCUGCAGCGGCGGUGCGUCUCUCACAGCAGCUGCUGGCGCUGGGCGCGGAUGUGACCCUGCGCAGCCGCUGGACCAACAUGAAUGCGCUUCACUACGCCGCCUAUUUCGAUGUACCAGACCUUGUGCGUGUGCUGCUGAAGGGGGCAAGGCCUAGGGUGGUGAACUCCACGUGCAGUGACUUCAACCAUGGCUCAGCUCUGCACAUCGCCGCCUCAAAUCUGUGCCUGGGCGCAGCCAAGUGUUUACUGGAGCAUGGUGCCAACCCAGCGCUGAGGAAUCGAAAGGGACAGGUACCGGCGGAAGUGGUCCCAGACCCUAUGGACAUGUCCCUUGACAAGGCAGAGGCGGCGCUGGUGGCCAAGGAACUGCGGACCCUGCUGGAAGAGGCUGUCCCACUGUCCUGCACCCUCCCCAAAGUCACACUACCCAACUAUGACAACGUCCCAGGCAAUCUCAUGCUCAGUGCACUGGGCCUGCGCCUAGGAGACCGAGUGCUGCUAGACGGCCAGAAGACUGGCACACUGCGCUUCUGCGGGACCACGGAGUUCGCCAGCGGCCAGUGGGUGGGCGUGGAGCUGGAUGAGCCGGAGGGCAAGAACGAUGGCAGUGUCGGGGGUGUCCGGUACUUCAUCUGCCCCCCCAAGCAGGGUCUCUUUGCUUCUGUGUCCAAGAUCUCCAAGGCGGUGGACGCACCCCCGUCAUCCGUUACCUCCACACCCCGGACUCCCCGGAUGGACUUCUCCCGUGUAACUGGCAAAGGCCGGAGGGAACACAAAGGGAAGAAGAAGUCCCCGUCUUCCCCAUCUCUGGGCAGCCAGCGUGAAGGGGCCAAGGCUGAAGUUGGAGACCAAGUCCUGGUGGCAGGCCAGAAGCAGGGGACUGUGCGCUUCUACGGGAAGACUGACUUUGCUCCAGGUUACUGGUAUGGCAUCGAGCUGGACCAGCCCACAGGCAAGCAUGACGGCUCUGUGUUUGGUGUUCGGUACUUCACCUGCGCCCCGCGACACGGGGUCUUUGCACCAGCCUCUCGCAUCCAGAGGAUUGGUGGAUCCACUGAUCCCCCUGGAGACAGUGUCGGAGCCAAAAAAGUGCAUCAAGUAACAAUGACACAGCCCAAACGCACCUUCACAACAGUCCGGACCCCAAAGGACAUUGCUUCAGAGAACUCCAUCUCCAGAUUACUCUUCUGCUGCUGGUUUCCCUGGAUGCUGAGGGCGGAGAUGCAGUCCUAGAGGCCCUGGAUACCCAACAAAGAGACAGAGUCCCCUCUAGCAUCUCCUGACACAAGGAGCCCCCAGUCACCCCAAAUAGAGACUCCCAGUGACACCUCCAGAAUAGAAACCCCGUUAGCCAGCCCUCGAUUACUGAGGUCCCAUUGUUAACAGAUCUCCCAUGGCGACUCCCCAAAUACAGACCUCAUGUUACCCCAAAAGAGAUUCCCUGAGUAGCACCUUCAGGCUAGUCCCUGCCCCCUACCCCUCAGAGCAGAUUUCCCCCAAUAAACAGAUUUCCACAUCACCCAAGUGAUGCUGGCCCUCUCCACACAGGACAUUCUUGAGUUCCUCACCAGUGGAUCAGAGCCCCAUGAAUGAAGACCCCCUCCCCAUUCUCCUUAAGCAUAGGUCAUGCCUCCAGAAUAGCCGACCACAUCCCAUUUAACAUCAGUCUCCUCAAGAUGUUGUGACCCUGAGGUCACCUGAAAGCCCUUAUACGCUAUUCUCCUUAUCAGAGACUCCCUCCAUUCACAAGACCCUGUUAUCACCCCUGAAGAAGACACCCACUGAAUCAGCCCAGUCACCCCCAAUUUACAAACACCAAAACAGUCCUGGAAGCAUGAGUUACAGGACACCAAGUCUUCCUGCCCUCUGCACCCUUGAAAAACCCCCAGUGCCUUGUAUGAAGCCCACCCCACAUGGCCCACAGUCCCUGUGCUGGCCAAGGCUCCCAGAAAAUUCUCUAUUUUUUAAAAGUAAUAACUUCCCCCCCUUGGGGGAAUCCCCAAAUUUGGAGACCCCCCAUUCUAGAACUCCGGGGAGUUCAAAUUCCAGAGAAUAUAUAUAUAGAUAUAUCCCCAAUUCCCAAUGCCUCCAAAUCCUACAAUCCCUAGAAAACCCCAAAUUUCUAAUUCCCAGAACUCCCCCUACCCAAGACACAGAAUCUUCAAAUCCCCAGGGAAUCCCAAAUUUAAGACCCCAAUCCCAAACUCAGGAAACCCCCAACCACAAGGUCCUUAGGACUGGGAGGAAGGAACCUGUUGCUUAGAGAACAUCCCAGGCUUCCAGGACAUCUCAAACCUGACUCCCAGGCUCCAGGAGACCCCAAACAGGAAGUCCCAUCUUGAACAAGAAUAGAGGACUCCAAUGCCCUUAGUCCAUGGAUCUUCUGAUCUCCCAAACUCCAAAUUCCACGGGCCCCAGCCUCAAGGGAACCCCCAAGUCCCAAAUCUCCGAUUUUUAAUUUGUGCAGGGCCCUAGUGCUCUGACAGGACCCCAAGUCUUGGAGUCCCUAUUUCAAUCUACCUUCCGGUCACAGAUCCAAGACACUGCAUCUGCGUCAUUGGCCCCAAAGGACCUCACAGCACUUGGGCCAGACCAACAGCCUGAGGGAGAACCUGAAGGCCCCAUGGGUCCCGAGCAGACCUGGGGCCCUGAUCACCAAGGACAGCUCAGGACUGCCCCUUCACUGCAUGCCCCCAAACUCAGCAUGACUCCUGUCCUCUUCAAUAAAGACGUUUCUAUGGCC